GAAAAGUUUAAGAUAUGAAUACUCAAAAUGUACACGUGUCAUAUGGUUAUUAAUGUUGUGCAACAGUGGGGUCUCUCAGAAGGACAAAAGGAAGCCACCCUGUCCUGCCAGGCGGUCACAGGGAGCCCAAAUUUGGUACGAGUCGUAUUUAGAAUUCAAAAGAACGGAUCUCCAAUUAACACAGUAUACGCCUUCAACGCUGCAAAUGGUGACACGACGCUCUCGGCAAAUCGUAUCAACGACUGCGUGAGAAACGGGACUGUGGACCCAAUCGAGUUCAUCGUGAAUGUCGACAUAACUUCUGGAUCACACUCUUGUGGAGCCGCUGUGACGGACCAUGGUACCUACAAACAAUUAUCACUGCUAUUUCGGGCAUAUGCGAGUUCGGACACAAUCUUGACCGCUGAUGAUGCUUCUUAUAGUGUCGCGUGCCGAUCGGAUCAACUAGACGACUCUCAAAUAACGUUAGGGGAGUUGAAUCCUAGUGAGCAGAAGUACAACAUUACCGUUCAAUCGCCGCAAAUAGGGGCGUACCUACGAUUGCGCAAUCCGGAUACGUUGCGACCACUGAGUGCCGUUAGUGUUGGGGAAAAGGUUAUUCUUUCCGUGGAAUUUACUCCUUCGCUGGAUAUGGGUAAAUAACUUAAAUAUUUCAG